AUGGCUGAAAUACCAAAAACCUUCAGAGCUUGGUCUUUACUUGAAAAUGGAAUAGAACAUUUGUAAUUAAUUGAAAGAGAAAUUCCUUAAAACUUAGGUGAACAUGAUAUAUUGGUCAGGGUAAGAGGAGCUGGAUUAAAUCCUAUAGAUUUCAAGCAAUGUAUUUGGGGUUCUGGACCAUUCGAUUAACAAUUCCCUAGAUCAUUAGGAGAGGACUUUUCAGGCAUAGUAGUUAAGAUUGGAGGUAAAGUUGAUCCUAAUCACUUCAGAAUGAAUGAGACUGUUGUUUUCUCUUUUGGUGGCUUCAAAGAUGAAACUGGUUCUUUUGGUGAAUAUAAAGUUGUGGAUUCUAGGCACGUUAACUUGGUGUCUCACAAAAUUGUCUAAUCACGUGGAGAACAUAUUUUCACUGACUUGGCAGCAUUACCAGCUGCAGGUUUCACAGCACUAGCUUGUGUAUAAAAUAAACUAAAGUUACCAAUUCACAAAGAUCCUUAAAGUAUUUCUAAUAGAUACACAAGAAAUAUAUUUGUUACAGCAGGUGCUGGUGGUGUAGGUUCUUUUAUAUUGCAGUUGUUAAGACUUUGGAGAGAGAAUAACUUCGAUGAGCACGAAAAGAAAAAUAUUAGGAUCAUAACUUCUUGCUCUAAAAAUAAUUUUGAAUAUGUAAUGAAACUAGGAGCUACACACUCUAUUGACUAUAAUGUUGAAGACAUGUGUGCUAGACUCAAAGAAAUACUAGAAGGCGAUUAAUUAGAUGUUUGGAUUGACCUUGUAGGAAAAGAGUCUGCUCAAAGAGGUUCAGAUUGUCUCGGAUUUAGAGGAGAACUAGUUGUAGUUUUUGAAAGCGAUUACUCUCCUAAGCUUUAUCCCUUCAGUCAAACAGUGCACAAUGUAGCUUUAGGUUAAUAUCAAUUCUUAGGAGCUCCUAAACACAUGAAGGAUUACAGACUAUAUGGAGAGCUAUUGCUGGAAUUAUACUAUAAAAAAUAAAUUGAAAUUGAGAAGAGAGAAAUCAAAUUAGAAGAAGUCUAACAAGCUUUAAUUGAAAUUUCUGAAGGGCAUACUAGAGGAAAAAUUGUCAUGAAAAUUUGA